GAGCCUCACCAGGAAGAUGGAGCCUCUGGUGCCCUGGAUGGAGGAGGCAGGGAAGAAGUUUCUGAUCCCUGAGUGGAUCUUCAGGGCUGACAUGGAGACGUUAUCAAAACUGGACCAGGAGGCUGGAGGGCUUCGUACCUGGCAGGUGAAUUUGGGCUGUGAGCUCAGGGAAGAUGGGAGCAAAGGAGGGUUUUUGCACUAUGGCUACGAUGGGAUGGACUUUAUCAGCUUCAACAAGGAGAUCCUCUGGUGGGUGCCAGCUCAGCCCCUGGCCCAGAAGGUGAAGGAGGAGUGGGAGGAGGAUCCAAGAUGGUCCCAGGAAAGUAAAGUCUUCCUGGAGGAGACCUGCAUUGCGUGGCUGAAGAGAUACCUGUCCUACAAGAACAAGACUCUGGAGAAGAUAG